AAUGUUGUAUUUGUUGUGUAUUGUGUUGAGAAAGGCUGAAUCAAACAUUGAAUUGAGGGUGUGUGUGGAGACAGUGCUCGGUUCUAUACAAGACGUGAUUCGACCUGUGCUGUAAACGAAGUGCACGAAGCUAAAAAAACAUGGCCGAUUUAUUUUUGUUUUGUUUGACCAAGUGUUUACAUCCAUCAAAAAUGCUUUGUUUUACGUGAAAAAUCUUGAAAAUUGUGAUGUGUGUGGCGCCGCUCACGUACCCAACCGGGAUUUUUGUUUGAACGAUAUCUUGAAACAGAUUCAAUAUAAUUCAGAUGUAUAAAAGUCCCCAAUUUUAGUUCGAUCAGUCUGAAAUAGUUUCAGAUUUAUUUUGAGCAAUUUUUGAUCAAGCCUUCUGAGUAAACUUUUCUCAGAGCAAUCUAACGUGAGAUUGUCGUCAUGAGCUACAAUCCAGUGCAAAAUCGAGGCAUGCCUCAACACCAGCAAUACAACAAUUCGCAUCCACAAGAAAUGAUGUCUGUGAAAGAGCAGACUAUGAUGUGGCAACAGAGUUCGUAUCUCUGCGAUUCUGGUAUCCAAUCGGGAGCGGUGACAUUGUCGGAGCUGGUGGUAUGCAAGCAUUGGCCAUGCACUUGACUAAUCCGUCACAGCGUUUGGUACAGAAUUGCUUGUGGACAUUGCGUAAUUUAUCCGACGCAGCCACCAAAACCGAUGGACUCGACAUUUUAUUACAAAACUUGGUCCACAUUCUCGGCUCACAAGAUGCCAACUUUGUGACCUGCGCCGCCGGAAUCUUGUCCAAUUUGACGUGCAACAAUCAGCGCAACAAACAGAUUGUUUGCCAGGUGAACGGCGUCGAAGCACUGGUCAAUACAAUCAUCAAUGCUGGCGAUCGUGAGGAGAUCACUGAACCGGCCGUUUGUGCAUUGCGCCAUUUGACUUCACGUCACGAGUUGGCCGAGAUGGCACAGAAUGCGGUUCGCUUGAUCAAUUACGGUAUACGUGUUGUUGUCAAACUGUUGAACCCUCCAUCACGCUGGCCAUUGAUCAAAGCCGUUAUUGGAUUGAUUCGUAACUUAGCUUUGUGCCAAGCCAAUCAUGCGCCACUGCGUGAACAAAAUGCGCUCCACUGCUUGAUCCUCUUGUUGAACAAGGCACAACAGGAUAUCCAACGCUCGUCAAUGGCUAGCAAUGGAUCUCAACAGCCCGGCGCAUAUGCUGAUGGGGUUCGAAUGGAGGAGAUCGUUGAAGGCACUGUCGGUGCAUUGCACAUCCUCGCAAGAGACUCACACAACAAAGUGUUGAUCCGCCAACAAGAAGUAAUUCCGAUAUUUGUCGCUUUGCUUUCGAGUGACAUUGAAAACAUUCAGCGUGUCGCUGCUGGAGUUUUGUGUGAGUUAGCCUCUGAUAAGGAGAGCGCUGACAUGAUCGAAGCUGCUGGCGCAACUUCACCACUCACUGACUUGUUGCAUUCACGUAAUGAAGGUGUUGCCACAUACGCAGCCGCCAUUCUCUUCCGAAUGAGCGAGGACAAAUCCACAGAAUACCGAAAACGUCUGUCCGUUGAGUUGACCAAUUCAUUGUUGCGAGACGAAACUGCAUGGCCAAAUGACAUAGGUCUCGGACCAGAUCUUCAGGAUAUGCUUGGAGCUGAUCAAGCAUACGAGGGAUUAUACGGACAGGGCCCGCCCAGUGUUCACAGCUCUCACGGUGGACGAAUGUUCCAACAAGCGUACGAAACAUUGCCAAUACCAAUUGAUUCGUUCCAAGGUCUGGAAUUGUGCCCAUCGUUGGGACCAACAUCACCGUACGAAAUGGAUAUGGAUGUCGGAGAAAUUGGUGCGGGCGAACUAUUGGACUCGAUGCCCUCUCCCCCAGCCGGUGAUAAUCAAACGGCCGCAUGGUACGACACCGACUUGUAAUCUGUGAUGCGCAGUGAUUUCAAUUCGACAGUUCGCUGACAACAUUAUGGCAACAUAAUCAAAAAUACGCAGCCAAAACUGAAUUCCUUUCGUUCUUUUUCUCUCUCUCUCUCUCUCGAUAACACUUGACAAAAAAGAUUACUAUUAGCAUAAAAAAGGGGAAGAAAUAGAAAACCCAAUGAUGAUCAAAUGAUGAAUUACAAAACAAAUUGUCACGUAAAAUCGCUUAAUUAGGUUUUUGAAUCGAACAAACAGGGUCAAAGUGUGUCUUUAUGAAAUGUUUUCGUUUUAUCGUCCUUCAAUUUUUUUUGUUGAAUCGUUUUUUCGAAAGAUACACUAAUGUUAUACACAUACAUAAAGAAGAUUUAACUGAACCAUUUUGUCGACGACAGUUUUCUUUUUCACUAGACUUAAAUCAAAACAAAUAUCAAUCAAACAAUGAAUCAAUUGUUUUUAGAUUCUAAGAUGAAAUAUAUACACGAACAUAUUUAGAGUAACGUACAAAGAAAAAAAAACUCACACGAAUCGAGAGCAUAUACAGAUCAAAUGUAAACCCAUUGAAAAGUCAAGAAAUUGUUCGUUUGUUUUCUCGUAGAUUGACAUUAUAGCACACACACAGUCCCAUUUUCCAUAUUCUUCUUUUUUUUUGAGUCCAUUAUAUUUUCACUCAAAAAGACUUUUUUAUACACAUAGAAUGGAUUAAGUUUUAUUCUUUCAAAAUUUUAUAUUUUUUUCCUACUUUUUUCUAUAUAUUUUGAUUAUUUGUUUUCAAAUAGAUCGUAGCUAUGUAAGCAUAUAUGAUUUUUCAUAUUCAAUACAUAACACAUUUAUAUCAAUCAUCAUUCAAAUUCUUGUUUUUUACGAUGCAGAAAUGCAAAGUUUCACAUAAAUAUUCAAGUCAAAAUUCCAUCGUUUUCACACGCAACAAAUCAAGAAACAUACACACACACGCGUGAAACAUAUAACACAUAGUUUUAUUGAAUAGUCUCUCGCCAAUAAGGAUCAGCUAUGGUUCCAGUGAAGAGCAUCGCGCCAAUUCAACUACCAUUAACAACACAUAAUGAGAACAAAAAUAUUGCAUUUUCAUUUGCAAUUGAUACACACUAAAAUCAAUAUUCAAUUAGUAAUAUGAAUGUAUUUGCAAAACAUUUAAAAAAAAUUAAUAAAUGAAUCAUAUAAUAUA